AUGUCUGACACGGUUUCGAAAUACAUCGUUGCAGAUGCUUUUCUGGAAGCUCUCGCAGAGGCCGGUGUUGAUUACCUGUUUACCGUACUUGGCUCCGAUCAUCCAAGCAUCAUCGAGGCCUAUGUGCGUCGGACUAAAUUACAGGGGAAAGAGCUUCCCCGUAUGAUUCUGUUUCAACAUGAGUUCGCCGCCAUGUCCGCCGCCGAUGGCUACGCCAGAAUCACCCAUCGUCCAGCCUGCGUUAUUGUCCAUGUUGACGUUGGCACCGCGGCCUUGGGCCAGGGCCUGCAUAAUGCCUCUAGCGGCCGUGCCCCUGUGGUCAUUUUUGCUGGUGUUGCGCCAUCCACGCUGCACGGAGAGUCCGCCGGUUCUAGAUCAGAGCAUGUACAAUGGUACCAAGAUAUCCCCAACCAAGCCUCCCUAGUGGCUCCCUACAGUCGAUACACGGCAGAGAUUAAGUCCGCGCAACACGUGCAAACGGUGGUUCAUCGAGCGGUCCUUAUGGCCACCACCGGUUCUCCCGGUCCAGUCUAUCUCACAGCAACCCGGGAGAUGUUGGCCGCGCCUGUGGAGUCUUUGGAGCCUCGAAAACGUGCUAUUCCGUCCUGCCACCUUGGUGGCUUGUCAGCAAAUGCAGUUGAAUUGGUAGCUGAUGCUUUAAUUAAAGCUGAAGCGCCACUGGUAAUUACCGGAUAUCUAGGGCGAAACCACCAAGCGGUGAAGAACCUAGUAGCGUUGGUGGAUAUUGUCAAGGGUAUCAGGGUCUUUGAUUCAGAGAUUCGUGAGGUAUGCUUCCCGGCAGACCAUCCUGCUUGGGUAACACGUGGAACGGGUGCUGCCAAAGUGCUCCAAAGCGCGGACGUUGUGCUCGUCCUCGAUGCCGAUGUUCCGUGGAUACCUACGCGGGUCAGGCCGUCUCCAUCAGCUCAGAUUUUUCACAUUGACCUAGACCCGCGAAAGGAGAAGAUGAACCUCUUCGAUAUCGGCGCUACCGCAACGUUCCAUGCCGAUAGUGCCACUGCGCUAUCGCAAUUAACGGAGUAUAUAUUGAAGUCCGGCAAAAUCUCGGCGGACACUUACGCGAAGCGAUGGAGUGCUGUCCAGGCCAGUUUUGAAGAAGGCCAGAAGCUCGUUUUAAGCCGAGCUUUGAGUGCAGCAGAAACGCCCGAUGCCCCUUCCACCGUGGAUUAUUUACUACAUACACUUCGCUCCGUUGUGCCGGAUGACACAUACUUUGUCUCUGAUUCUGUCACAAACCAGGUCUUACUCAGUGAGCAGCUUCGUUUCACCCGUCCUGGAUCACACCUGACCAAGGGUGGCAGUGGUCUAGGUUGGGCAGGCGGUGCUGCUAUUGGAGUUAAACUUGCAACAAAACUUUACGAUCUGACUGACAGACCCAAUAUUAAGCAUAAGGACUCCAAUGAUUCUAGUGAAGAACCGCUUGUCUGUAUGAUUACCGGCGAUGGAAGCUUUGUCUUCUCUGUCCCAACUGCCGUGUACUGGGCUAGUCACCGUCAUAACUGCCCUUUCUUGACUAUUGUAUUGAACAAUGGUGGCUGGCGUGCCACACGCCAGUGUAUCGUCGACGUCCAUCCUCAGGGGGUAGCAUCUACCGUCACAAAUCAAGACUUGGGUAUCUCGCUUGAGCUUGAUGGGCCAAACUAUGGUGAGGUAGCCAAAGCGGCUGCUAAUGGCCAUCUUUGGACCAAGCGAGUCACCCGUGUUGGAGAUUUGAAGGAUGUUUUGAUCGAGGCUAAGAAAGUUGUGCUUGAGCAAAAGAUGUCUGCUGUCGUUGAUGUUAUUGUGAAGUAG